GGGGUGGCCGCCGGCUCCGCAGCCUCCGCAGCAGGGCGGCGGGCCGCGGGCGGCACUCUGGGGACCGGACCGCCAAGAGAGCCCCGCCGACGGGGGAGGCACUCGCAGCCCCGACGAGGAGGAGGGGAGCGGCGCGCGACCCCGCGCUCCGACCGAGCAGCCCAGUGACCUGGAGGUCGACGUGGAAUUCACGGAGCGCUUCAACCGCUUCACGACGGCGUACUACUCGCCGCGGUCCAGGCUCGGGCGGUGGUGGCGACGCGCCUGCGGCGUGACCGGUGGCGCACUCGACAACGUCGCCCUAGAGGUUCAGCCCCGAGCCGCGGCGCUGCCCAGCGGAGAGCCGGCCUCCGCGUCGCAGCACCCCCGCGCUUCCCGCGCCAGGGCGCUGGGCGGAGGCGCGGCGCCCGCGGCGGCGCUCCACGGCGCCAGCGCGGCCAAGACGCUGCCAGGGCCGCCCGCCCCGGAGUGCCUGCUUGCGGCGCUGGCCUACGUGCUGCCCCUCACCGGCGGCUUGUGCUGCGCGCGCCCGCUGCUCGCCGCCUCCCCGCGCCUGGCCACGCUGUGCGUGCCCCUGGCGAUCGUGGCCACCAAGCUGUCCGCGGGCCUGGCCUUCGCGACCAUCUGGAGCUGCUGUGCGGCGCGGCUGGUCGGCGAACGGUGCAGUCCUACUUCGUGCGGUACAACUUCUGCCAGGCGCUGCUCCUCGGCGGCCUCGUCGCCCUCGCGGGGCUGCCGUGCCUGCUGCCCGCCUCCGCGUGGGCCAGCCAGGCGGUGCUGCGCGGCCGCCUGGCGCUGUCCGGCGGCGUGCUGGGCGCCGCGGUGGCGGCGUGGGCCUGGCCCUCGGCGUUGUGCCUGGCGGGGCGCUUCCCAGACCAGAUCCCCGCCAUCUCUGCGGUCGUGA